AUGGCUGUGGCUACUAUACUAUUCCUGACAAUUUACUCUAUUAAGUCGAUCAAAGAAGUUUAUGACAGAGAGCCGAAAACGCUGGUAGAUGUAUCGUUCGAUUUAAGUAGGAUAUACGAGGGCACCCACGGCAAUAGCAGUAGCAACAUCACCAAUGAUUACAGUACAGAUAGCAUAGAUGCAACUUUUGAUAGCAGUAUGGCUAAUAUAUACCUUCACACACCAUAUGCAUCAAUAGAUAACGAUGUAGAUGACUACGAUAAGCUUACAGUGGUUUAUCUUGUUGAUGCCUGGAGUAUAGGAGAUAGAGAGCGUUUAAGAGCACAUUAUCCAGUCUCUGCCCCAGUUGAUCUCUUAUUCGGGCUGAAAUGGAGUGAGGAUCUAGAGUGGAAAUACUUGCAAACUGUUGAAAAUGCCAGGUAUGGAGAUAUAGUCGAGCUCGUUGCGGAAAGUUACUGGGUCUAUGCGACAUAUCGCGCACUCGCUAGAAGACAAAAUAUGAAAGGGUGGAUAGUGUAA